GUGGCUACCGAUGAAGAGGUGGCUUAGGGUGCGACCUGAUGUCAAGAUCUCUGAAGGAGCUGCAUUUCCAUUUAGAGAAAGGACGCUGUCAGGAGAUGACAACCCAGAGUGCAUGCUGGGUUUAGAUUUCCCAGCUUUGCGAUUUUCGGCCCGACUCGAAACCACAAAUACGGGGCAUGCGUCGGGAACCGCUUUGGUCUUUCCUUCAGCAACGCUGAAAAACACGUUAAUUGUGCCCAUUUUGUUUCACUAUGAAACUCUCGCAUUCCGCUUGCAGGUUUCCUCAUUACGGCGCCCGGCGGAACAUGCACAUCCGAUCGACCCUUCAACCCACUACAUGUUCAAGCAAGACCAAGCGAUCCUACACGCUUUUCAUUCCGCCUACAAUUCCCAGACGAUGACAUCACCAUCAUUGCGGGAAGCCCUUUUGCCCCAGAGCGAAGAAGACGUGACUCCCUACCCUCGCCGGGUGCUCCUGAGAACACGGUGUGCCAGCGACGCCGCACACGAGCGACAUCCGAUUGUCACCGCAGCUGGUCUCGGAUUAGCACUUACAAGCAGGACCAGAAAAGGAUCCUCAUCAAAGGUCGUUGACGAAUCGGACGGACAUAGCUCUCUGCCGACGUCAACGCCGACUUUCGUAACUUUGCAGUGGGACGCUGUAGUGCAGCCAGACUGCUCAUAUCAUCGAGAUGAGGUGAUGCAAUUCCUCGUGGCGCUACUUGGUAGUAGCGAGAACGUUGGAACUACAGGGUGUGGAGAUGAAAGACGAAGCAAAGUGUUCAUUUUGACCGGUCUUGGGAACUGCACGGAAACUGUUUCAUCUGCUCAACAAGCAGAUAAGUUUGAGCGACUAGACCAGUCGAGCUUCGAAGAACUCUUUUCUGCAUCCCAGUUGUUGGACGACGUCGACGACCUUAUCACUUCAUCACGGAGGGGUCAUGAAAAUUCUUCCACGACACCCAGUCGCAGUCACCAACAUCAAGGAACCACAACCACGGAGGACGAAGAUAAGAUGAAUCAUGAGCAAAUUGAGCAAACAUGGAUGCUACCUCUGCGCGCGGCGUGCGCAGCUUCGAAGAGUAACAAGAACGGAAUGAAUGAGAAGGCAAGUGCAAAAGCUCGAAUUCCAUGGAAGAAACACAUUUCAGGUGAUGCGUGGCAGAAGUACCAACGACGACAGCACGAAGAAGGCGUGUUGCAGCAGCUCGGGUGCUACAUCAUUGGACUCUGCCCGCGAGGAGCCCGAGUGGCUUCAGCCUGGCGCAAAUUUUUUGAGGCGCCACAGAAAAGUCGUGGCACCACGCCAACAAGUGCCCUGGCUUUGAAGAGAGAAGGACUUAAAAGUGAGAGCCCACUACAAAGGGUUCAGUGCGGGCUCGUCGAUUUAGGGACCGUAAAUGCAGAAGACUUAUUCUCUGUACUAAAGACCAAGAGGAGUUCUGAACAAGCUGUUGAGAAGCCUCUUGUUGACGAAUCCCAGAGCACCGAGAGCAAGAAUAAGACACACGGCAAUUCUGAGCAACCGGUAGAGACGAGCGAUACCACGAUAGAGCAAAGACAAAAGUUUUUCAGGAAAGCACUCCUCGGAUGCGUCGAACCUGAGUCGCGGCCACCUUCCUCCAACGUCUUUGUGACAAAGGGUCUCUCGGCGCAGCGAAAAGCCAUUGCCGACGCUGUGUUGUGGCCCCGCUUUUUCCCCAGUCAAUUUGAGGCGGUCGGCUUAGACGCGAUCCCGGCACCGAUCUUGGUUUCAGGACCGAGCGGAAGCGGCAAAACGCAUCUUGCACAGUGGCUAAGUUCUUGGCUGAACUACCUGGAAGGAGUGCAGCGCGGGACGGUCGAAACGGGUGACGCUAAUUCAGCAUUACCUGCGCAGUCAAAGAAGUUCAUUGACCAGCAGCCAUACUUUCGCCUUCGCCUCAUCAAUCCAAGCGAAAUCGUAAGUCCAUACGUAGGCGAGUCGGAGGCGAACCUGCGUCGCGUUUUCGAGGGACGCCCGUUUGCUUCAACGGGAGAUCACGGAGGGGCAAUGGCCAGUGUGCGGCCAGUUGGAGAAGUCAUCGUCUUUGAGAAUGUGGACCAGUGGCUGAUCGCUGAUGAAGAACACGACUCCGCUGCCUCCGUUUACAACCGUCUGCUUACAACAUUUUUAGUCCUUCUAGACGGCGUGUCGCCGGCACUGUCACCCGGCGUAGUGGGAGGAGGUGGUGAUGAUAGUCCAGAACAGCGGAUUGUCGUGUGUACAACAUCCCAGCCGCCUGAAAACUUCCCCUCUGCCAUUUUGCGUCCAGGUCGACUCCGAACAAUCCCUGUGAUAACGGAAGUCCAUCGCCCAACGCCGCAAUGAUGAGACUCGAGCAUUAGCAUGAAUUUCUUUAUCUUUGGACAUUUUUCUCAUAACACACACGCAGAUACCACCUUCAGAAAAUUCUAAACUUGAAGUGGUGAGGAGGUUCUGCUAGUCACAAUCUUUCCUUGUAUACUAAAAACUGGAUCUCUAUGUCUACUCCUGGUUCUGUCACAACCACAAUGAAUGUCGCGUGAUGUUGACGACCUAACGGCCCUCGCAGUUCUUAUGCGUUGAUCGAAAUGUGUAUAAUGUUCUUUCGUGAAGACUUGUUAUUUGGAGAGGGUUUGAUUUCCUUGAGCUUGACGCUUCUUGGACUUCGACUCUGCUUCAACAUCUACUCAGGAGACUCCCGAUAAUUAUUUAUCCUCCACGACUUUUUCAAAUCCUUAGAGUUAGAAGGAUAUCCAUGUUGGCAUGGUCAAUGCUAUGCAUAUUGAUAUCCAUCUUUCUUCGUUCCCGGGAAGCCGUGUUCUUCUUUCUGAACAAUCUCAAUCGUCCCACCCUUCUUCAUCCCUGCGAAACUUCAGCUACUUUACGCAUCAGCCAAUCCUGGGAAUUAUUGUACAACCUUUUAGAUACCCGUGCCCGUCUGAGUUUUUCAAUGACCUCGCGACGCUAUCGUCGUAGAUCAAGAAAGAAACCGAUUGCGCCAACAGAAAUUGCCACGCAAUUCUGGCGACGGAAAUGCCAUGCUUUAUUCUGAAGUAUGAUAGGUUCACGUUCAUCA